AUGGCUGGACUGCAACCCAACAUCUGGGCGGGCGUGGCUAUUCCAUGGCUUGCAGCUUUGGUUUCGCUUGUGAUGCGGGUUUGCGCACGUCGCAUGACCAAGAUGAGUUGGUGGUUUGACGACUAUUUCUCCAUGUUGGCUUUUGUGUUUGCGACAGGGUACUGUGGUAUCAUGAUACAAUGGACUUUGCAUACCUACCUCGGCGUCAAGAUUCCCGACUCAAUUCCCACUGACGAACGUGAGGCGAUAUUACAACAAGCUCGGUUCUUAGGAUUUCUCAACUCCAUAUGCUAUGCCUCAUCAAUUGCCUGUUCCAAGAUCGCCAUCUUAUCACUGUACUGGCGACUAUUCAGGAUCUCUUCAAUCCGAACACCGAUCUUAAUCAUGCUGGUUAUGGUGGUGAUAUGGAUUGUUCUUCGGACAUUUAUGCUCAUCUUUCGUUGCGUUCCUGUCCAAUCAAUUUGGGACCAUACUAUCACAGGCAAGGUCUGCAACAUCAAUAGCGGCCAAUUCUUCCUGGGUACUAUCACCACGCACUUUCUGAUGGAUAUUGCCAUCCUGGUCCUACCCAUCAUUGAGGUGGUGCGACUGACUUUACCCAAGGGUCAAAAGUUAGCCAUUGCCGCUUUGUUUCUUCUUGGUUCCAUUGUUUGCUUUGCGUCUAUGUUUGUAUUAGUUGUAUUAGUCAAUUACGACAACAAUACAACACAGAUGCCAUAUGAGUAUGCUAUGUUCUGCAUUUUGGGCUCUGUCGAGGUUAACAUUGCCAUUGUCUCUGGUUAG